ACCCCCCCCCCCAUUUCUACAUUUGGAUCUGUUCUCCAGGCACACCCUCUAUAGAAGCCAAUAGGACAAUGCCCCUGUCACUUAGAAACCCCUGGUUUUGAUUGGAUAUUAUUCAGGAGGGUCCAGGGUUGAUGGAUCUGCACGUUACCCAACCAGAAGAGUAGUUGUGUGCGUGGCAAGGGCUGCAUCCAAUUAGACUCUGAAACAAUGAAUAUGACCAGCUCUCUGUCCGAUCUGCGCUGCUGGUGGGCGGUGCUCCAAAGUGAAAGCCGACACUCCAGGAAGUAAGACCCACCAGCGAUCGAUCCUGUGUUUCUGGGACCCCCCCGCUUUUUUCUACUUUUCUCUCUGGGUUGCUUUCAUCUCCUGCUGAUUUGGACCGUGGAGAAGAGUCUUCAGUGAGUUCAGCCCCUGGACGGCACAUUGUGCUGCUGUUCAUCUUUUGCCCUGAAAAGGAAGUCAGAGAAGGAGGAAUUGGCAGUUCUUCAGGGGCAGUGCUGUCAAGUGAAGAGGUUGUACUGGUGAAUUUAAAGCAGAAUCUCAAGCGACUGCUGUGAUUUUUUUCUUCACUUUCCGGCCUGAAGGGGAAAUCAGAUAAAGAAGGAAAGAUGGCAGUUUCUCAGGAUUAUCACACAUUGUCCUGCACAUUGUCAUCAUCCUUAACUUCCAAGAUAUACCUAGCGGUGGGUGAGGGGAAGAACAAAAGGGGAGAACCCCCAGCAGUACUGUUCCUCCACAUGUGAAGCUUCCCCUGGCAGGACUCAGUAACUUGUGAAGAUGUAACUGUGAACUUCAGUCAGGAAGAAUGGGCACUACUAAAUACUUCAGAGAAGAAACUAUAUAGAGAAGUGAUGUGGGAAACACUCCAGAACCUUCUAUCAAUAGGAAAAUUGCAGGAAGAUUAUUUCACCAAAAAACAGCAAGGCCACGAAGGGAAUAUACAAAGAAAUAUUAUUGAGAAAUUAUCUGAGAAUGAAGAAAGUCAAUUUGGAAAGAAAAUUCAUGAAUGUGAAGUAUCUGACAAGCUAUUCACUUGUUCCAGUCAUCUUCAAAGAUAUGAUAGAACUCAUAUCAGAGAAAACCCCUAUAAAUUUAAAUUAUGUAGUAAAGACUCCAUUCAGUCCAGUAAUCUUUGGACACAUGAAAAAACUCAAAGUGGAGAGAAACCCAAUGAAUAUCAACAAUGUAAUAAAACAAUCAGUUGUCCUGGUUCUGUUCAAACACAUGAAAGAAUGCAUAAUGGAGAGAAACUCUAUGAAUGUAAACAAUGUAGUAAAACAUUUAGUCAUUCCAGUUCUCUACGGAGACAUGAAAGAACGCACAGUGGAGAGAAACCCUAUGAAUGUAAACAGUGUAGUAAAAGAUUCAGUUAUUCCAGUUCUCUUAGGUUACAUGAAAGGACUCACAGUGGAGAAAAGCCUUAUGAAUGUAAACAAUGUAGUAAAACAUUUAGUUAUUCCAAUCAUCUCCAGUUACAUGAAAGAACUCACAAUGGAGAGAGACCCUAUGAAUGUAAACAAUGUAGUAAAACAUUCAGUCAAUGCAGUUCUCUUAGGUUGCAUGAAAGAAUGCACAGUGGAGAGAAACCCUAUGAAUGUAAACAAUGUAGUAGAACAUUUAAUUAUUCCAAUUCUCUUCGGUUACAUGAAAGAACUCACAGUGGAGAGAAACCCUAUGAAUGUAAACAGUGUAGUAAAACAUUCAGUACAUCCAGUCACCUCCGGUUACAUGAAAGAACUCACAGUGGAGAGAAACCCUAUGGAUGUAAACAGUGUAGUAAAACAUUCAGUAGUUCCAGUUCUCUUAGGAGCCACGAAAUAAUGCACAGUGGAGAGAAACCCUAUGAGUGUAAACAAUGUAGUAAAACAUUCAGUUAUUCCAGUUCUCUUCAGUUACAUGAAAGAACUCACAGUGGAGAGAAACCCUAUGAAUGUAAACAAUGUAGUAAAACAUUCAGUUAUUCCAGUUCUCUUCGGUUACAUAAUAGAACUCACAGUGGAGAGAAACCAUAUGAGUGUAAACAAUGUAGUAAAACAUUCAGUACAUCCAGUCAUCGUAGAUUACAUGAAAGAACUCACAGUGGAGAGAAACUCUAUGAAUGUAAACAAUGUAGUAAAACAUUCAAUUACUCCAAUUCUCUUCGGUUACAUGAAAGAACUCACAGUGGAGAGAAACCCUAUGAAUGUAAACAAUGUAGUAAAACAUUCAGUUUUUCCAGUUCUCUUCAGAGACAUGAAAGAAUGCACAGUGGAGAAAAACCCUAUGAAUGUAAACAGUGUAAUAAAACAUUCAGUCAGUCCAGUCAUCUUCGGUUACAUGAAAAAACUCACAGUCAGAAAAACCUUAUGAAUAUAAACAAUGUAAUAAAAUGUUCAAUUGAUCUAGUUCUCUUCAGCCAUAUAAAAGAACUUAUAUAGGAUCUCACCUGCAGGAGGGAAGCUUCACAUGUGAUGAAGGAGGGCUGUGGUGGCAUCAUUUGACCCUAGGGCUCAAUCAAGCUUUUAAUAAUAGUAAGUGCAUACUCUGUUGGGUGAACUGUCUCCUAAGUCCUAUCUAUAUCUAAAGUCUUAAUGAACAUAACUGUCUAACAUCACAGGUAUGUGUAAUAAUGUGUAAUGAAGCAGGGCUGCAGGUGUUUUACUUUAUCCCCCCUCCUCUGUCUCCCCCUUUUCUCUUGUUUCAGUCUCUGUCAAGUAAUUAAUAAAAAUUCAAAAAACAUUCCUAAAAAACAAAAGAACAUAUAAGACAGAUAUCCUAUGAAAGUAAACUAUGUAGUAUUCAGUCAUUGCCAUUGAGAGAAAUAAGUGUGCAAUGAAAAUAAAGUCCAUUUAUGUAAAGUAUUUAGUAAAACCUGUAGUCAUUCUAGGAAUCCUUGCAUACAUGAAAAAACUUGCUUUGGAGAGAGUCCCUAUGAAUGUAAAUGUGUUAUAUCACAUGGACUUAUUCCAGUCAUCACUGAGUUAAAAAAAAAAGUUAAGAGGAAACCUAAAAAUAUAAAAUAUUAGAAAACAAUUAACUAUUUCUUUUUAUUUGCAUUCACACGAAACACCUCACAGUGGAAUAUAAAAUUGUGUUGUAAAUAAGGUCAUAAAUUUUAUGUUUCAGUUAUUUUAAUGCAUAUUAAAAUAGUGAAAAUAAAUUUUAUGAUGAUAAAUGAUAUUCUGAAUACCAGAGAGAGAAUGUUGCAUUCUUAGAGCUGGGGCAGUAGCUAGUAUAUUGUAGGCUUAUAAGUAAGUUGUCCUAGGUUUGAUCCCUAGCACUGCAUAUACCUGAGUGAUGCUUUUCUUUUUAUCUCAUGUUAAUAGAUGGAUACAUCUUUUAAAAUGACAAUAGCCAUCAUAACUCCAUAACACACAAAUGUAAUCACACAUGGAAAUACAUACACACACACAUAGUAGUAAUGUGAAAAUGUUUCUUAAUUCUACAUCUUCACUUCAAAAGCAUGGAAAAGAGCAGCGGGCAUGGAUACCUCAUUAAUGUAAUGAUUAAAUAUAUUCAAAUAAAAUGACAGUUUAUGCACAUAAGAAUGAACUUGCAUUAGAAGUGUAAAAUUACCUAAGAGUAUAAGUCCUUAGAGGCCUACAGUCACCCUCCCCAGUUCAUCAGGUUCAGUCUCUUCCCUCUAACUGUUCUAUAUUUCCAGGCCCUAAUGUGUAUAUACUGGAAUACACACUUUACCUACCUGUCGAAAUAAUAAAAAAGUAUUAUAAGUAUACAAUUAAGUUAAUAAUCUAUAGAUUUUCAGAGGUACAUCUAAUCUCAGUUGUCUAUGGGCAUAUAAUCUUUAUAUAUAUUCUCUGCUGUUUACAUGGCAUCAUAACUAAUGGAAAUACUUUCACCCAAAUGUCAGUGAACUUGUAUCCACUUUGCUAAACAUUCUGAAUGACUAAAUUAAAGUGAAAUAAAUAUAAUCAGUAAUUUAAAUAAAGACAACUUUGAGGGGGGCUGGGUAAUGGUACACACAGUUGCAUGCAUAAAUUACCAUGUAAAAGGAGCUGGUUCAAGCCCCCAACCCCCACCUUCUUGUGGGAACUUCACAAGCACUGAGGCAGUACUGCAAGCAUCUGUUUCUCCUUCCCUCUUAAUCCCCCCUUUCACUUGGUUCACUGUCUACCCAAUAAAAUAAAAAGUUAAUAAAGUAUUUUUAAAAGUUACUGGUGUAUUACACCAAAUUUAGCCAAAAGGCUCUGGGGUUGAGGAGAGGGUUCAGGUCCUGGAACAUAAUAGCAGAGGAGGACCUAGUGGGGGUUGAAUUGUUAUAUGAAAACCUGAAAAAUGUUACACAUGUACAAACUAUUGUGUUUUACUGUAAACCAUUGAUCCCCCAAUAAAGAAAUUAUUAAAACAAAAAGGAGAGUACUUAAGUACACUACUUCAGAUGGAGAUCAUAAUUUUUACCAAUCAUUUAGAAAAGGGAAAUUCAAACCUGUUGAAAUAGAAAUAUGCCUAGGAGUGAAAUAUGCGUUUUUAUGUAUUUUGUCCUUUGUGUCUUUUGUUUUGCAUUAAUUUUGUCAUAUUUUUAGCCUGCUUACCAGCACACUGCUGAGCUGUGGUUCAUGGAGAUUGAAUCUGGGACUUCAGAACCACAGGCAAUAAAUAAGUCUUGCAAAACUUAAAAUAUAUGUAUUAAAGAAAAUUGUUUCAUUAAA